AUACUUUUUAAUAUUUUAGAUGUUCCUAAAUAAUAAUAUAAACACACGCCACGAUAACCACGUAUAUUGAAACAUUUUGCAUAGUUGAAUACUUAUCAUUCAUUGGUCAAUGGUGAUGUUGGCUCUAUUGCUUAUUGCCUGGCAUCGGUUUAUAUUGUUGGUAGCACUGUUUGGGCCUAUAUUCACGUAUGUGCUCAGCUGGGCACCAGCUGAUAGGAAAUCGAAGAGCGUAGCUGAUAAUCGAUAUCAUGUACAUUCUAUUAUAUAUCAAACAUAUUUAAUGCUAUUAUAAUUUACUGGUGCUAAUUAUUACAGUUAAUUUCUUUUCUCCACAAAUCUAUUUUAAAGAUGUCAAUUCAAAACUUAGCUGUGAAGCUAUGUGGUGUCUUACAAUCACAAACUGAUGAAGAAGUAACUGCACGUGAAUGGCGCUUAGUUGGUCAAGAACAAGAUGGGUCCCAAGUAUUGACAUGGAUUUCGAAUCGACAAAACAAAGAUGUGUUGAAUAUUGGCGUGUAUACUAACAAGACGAAAACAUUAAAAAAUCUCUAUACAUUUGAAGAUAAAAUCAAUAUUAUACAGGCAUCUGUAAAUUCAUCACAUACUUUGGUUGCAUAUGUAGUAAAAGUUUUUCCUGGGAAUUCAAAGGAUGAAGCCCUUUACUGCCCAUUCUUAGUUGGUGUUUUACCAGAUAAAAUAACAGGCCCCGAAAAGAUCGAGGAGGGUUCAACUAAACAGAUAAUGGUCCAGUAUGUGUAUGGAAAGAGCAUCAAGUACAGCCCUGGCAUUAGAAAUGACAGAUUCAUUCUCUUUAAACACUUGGAAUGUAUUAAAAUCUACAGAACACCUAUGUUUCUUAAUGAAUGUGAUGAUGGGUCAGAGAAGUGGGGAUUUGAUGGAAUUUAUCCAAAUCCAGAAAAAAUUGUAAAUGUCUUUUCAUGGUCUCAAUGGGAUUGUCUCAAUCAAGUACUUUUCUAUAUCCACUACCGUGCACCAGCCCCAAGUUUCGCAGAAGAGGAAGAUGUGAAGACUCCAACGGAACUCACUCCAAUGUUGUCUGCGCUUCAGUUUCACGCUGAUCUGCCUCACGAGACGGUGUUAAACAUCCCUCUAAGCCUUCCUCAUAUGCCAGGCGCCCACGGAGCUGCUUCAGCCUGUGGCUCAUACGAAGACGACCCUGUGCCACUAAGAGUACACGAUUGUAGCCUCGAUCUUUAUAUAAUAUGUGACCAACGGGGCUUGCUUUGUGUCUGCCAUCAUUACCUGUAUAAGCCUCUAGACGAUUCAACCAGCUCUCUAGUACUAGACGAUGUAGAUUUAAAGGACUCGGGAGUAAAUUUUGCGUACUCUGUGACUCUACUGCAUCACGGCUGCGUGGUGCAUAACGUGGUACCAGACAUCCCAUGGUCCUUAGCGAAGUCUCUUAGACCUUCCUACAUGCUGUAUGCUGAACACCAUCUUCUCGUCCAUAUACCAAUGCUAUUCACACACUUGAUAGACAUAAGUCCCCAUCACGAGCCCUGCUGCCAUAUCGUUAUGCCCAUUGAGAGUUCGGAGAGUGGACCCAGUCUUGCCCCACUCUUGGGUUUUGGAACACACGCUACGGUGGAUUUGAAUACUUUAGACGUGGUUACUAUGAUAGUAGCAGACAAAGAUCUGGCAGCAACGUUUAAGUGUGACACAGUGGUAGAAAACAGGUUGGGCGUGUUGCACUUUUUGAUUCAACACGAGGGGAACAUGGAUUUGGCUGAAGAGUUAAUAUCAUGGCUCUGCGUGAACCAGCAAGACGGCGUAGUAGCCUUACAUAAAGUGAUGCAGGAAUUUCUCAUAAGUACCACGUAUGCGGUGACCCGGCGUUCGCUGCCAACGUCUGCGAUCAGUCUAAUGAAUUGGCUGCCUUUUUCUAUGCACUUGAAGUUCACCGAUAUAAAGGCCGGCUCAAUAUCAGUCUCAGUGAGCCAAGCGGCUUUAUGGCGCACCGCAGUAUCAGCCGUGGUACUAUCUCCCAGACAGCGCGUCAGCCAAUUCGCUGAAGAUGCUUGGACACGCCUAUGGGCUACUUUGUGUGCCCUCGCUACGCCCAAGGAGAGGCUACAGCCCUCGCAGGUGCUGGAGAAGUUGAGGGUCAGCCUUCAUUGCUAUCAGCCCGAAGCCCUAUCUCGCUGCAGCACUCCAAUGUCCCCGACGGCGGGUCCUUUGCCCCGUCGGCCUUCGCUCGUCACCCACGACGCGUUACCUUUCUUUGAAGUAGACGUCUGCACCGCAAGCAAACAGGAACAUGUCAUCGCUGCGAAUCUACGCGCUGUUAGCGUUCACCUAAUGCGCGAGAGCAGUGGAUCGAAUGGCGCCUUAGAGAGCGGCGUACACGCGUUGGCCACUCGUUGGGCGGCCGCGCAACUGGACGCAUCGCGCGCUCUCUGUCGCGCAGUCGUGCGCGCCGCUGCUGCCGUUCCGCUCGCACAUCAGCCACGCGGUUUCGCUUACGUGGAUGAACUGGACUCAACACACGCGUUAGUCCUGUUCAAAGUUCUGGAGCAGUAUUACGUGGCAGCGGACUCGGUCGCUUACCCACUGCCGCAAGGUUUCAGCUCGUUCUUUACAUAUCUGGGAUAUCGUACGUUGCCCUUCCACGCAUUCGUACAGUACGUCCAUAGGAACGUACUUGAAUUGCAGAUUGAUGUGCUUAAGGCGAUUGUUGCCAGUAAAGACGACGACAGCAAGCGCACUGUCAACAAUAAGCUGCGCCUGAUCCAGUUAGCGGGCGAAGGGCGAGGACGACGCGCCUUAGCCUCGUGGCCUCAUAAGCAAGCUUUGGUCCUUCGAGCACGGGACCAUGCAGCCGCCCUGCUCAGUGGCGUCACUCCACCUGCCAGGGACCAUCACCCGCAUCGACCUGUCAAGGACACUGGUAUUGCAGCGCUUCCUUCAGGAGAACGUCUCUCACCUCUGGAUACCUUCCUAGAUUUGUUGACAGCUAAAGCUAGUCUUAAUGAACUCGACUUUAAUCUUAUCAUAGAAGCUACAUUAGCAUCUGUACAGCAAGAUACCGCUGCUUGAGUGAUUAAAAUAAGAGAAUUUGUA